CUGUGCAAACUUUGUGUUGCAGUCAGUGGGAACGAGGACUGCCUGUGGUAUGUGGAUAAAAACGGCACCUGGCACAACGGCUUCGACUGCCCUCUCAUCUCCUUUUGCUGUGGGAACUGCCACCGCCGUUACUGCUGCCUGGACGCCUUCAAGAUGAUCACGGAGCGGGAGCAGAAACGCUGCAUGCUCUUCCAGUUCAGCCCCACUACGCUGGCUGGCAUCGCCUCCUCCAUCCUGCUGUUUGUUGCCGUUAUUGCGACCAUGGUCUGCUGCUUCAUGUGCUCCUGCUGUUACCUCUAUCAGAGACGGAUGCAGAGAGGCCGGACGCCCUAUGACGUUCAGCAGAUUCCCAUGGCCAGCUACCCAGUGGAGCCCCUGUACGAUGCUUAUGGAAAACCACUUGGACUCUCAGAGUAUCCUCAUGCAGGAUAUCCCAUGGCACCUCAGUAUCCUGGCAUGCCCCCGCAGUACCCGAUGAUGCAGCCGGGACCUUACCCACCACACCCAAUGGAUCCUAUGCACGGCCAGGGUAAGAGCAGCAGGACAUAG